AUGUUGCGGGUUGUUGUCGAGUCCGCUUGUGGAAUACCCAAAAAGAGACUGGGAAAUCCAGAUCCAAUUACUGGCGUUGCUUUCCGAGGUGAAAAGAAGAAAACCAAAGUAAUUGACAAUGAAUUAAAUCCAGUUUGGAAUGAAAUCCUUGAAUUUGAUCUGAAAGGCUCACCUUUGGAUGCAUCUUCUUUCAUUGAUGUGGUUGUAAAAGACUACGAAACCAUUGGGAAGGAUAAGUUUAUUGGCUCUGCAAAAAUCUCAUUAAGGGACCUGGCCAGUGGCCAAGUGAAGUCCCUCCCUUCUAAAAACGUGCCUUUGAUCAAUGAGAAACAGCAGGCUGUUGGGGCAACUAUUAAUUUGCUCAUCGGAUAUGAACCACCUGCCAACAAUGCUUCAAAUCCAAAUGAUCAAACAAAUGAUGAUAUGUCCCAUGUUGAUGGUGGCGGCAGUGAGGAGGAUGACGAAAGAGAGGGCGACAUUGAGAGAGGAGGCAAUGUUGGCAGUGCAGGAGUUCCGAGUUCACCAAACCAGCCUUCCAAACCCAGCAAGUCCCUCCGUCUCAGCAGAAAGAGGCACAGAGCUCUGGCAAAUAAACCACAGGACUUCCAGAUCCGUGUUCGGGUUAUUGAAGGUCGACAACUGCCCGGCAACGACAUCAAACCGGUAGUGAAAGUGAACGUGUGUGGACAGACCCACAGAACUAGAAUCAGAAGAGGAAACAAUCCAUUCUUUGAUGAAAUGUUCUUCUACAAUGUUAACAUGCUUCCCUCAGAGCUGUUUGAUGAGAGCAUCAGUCUUCGAGUUUAUGACUCCUUCUCACUCAGAGCCGACAGUCUAGUGGGAGAGUUCAAGCUGGACGUUGGCUACAUCUACGACGAACCUGGUCAUGCCAUUAUGAGGAAGUGGCUCCUCCUGAGUGAUCCUGAUGACACCAGUUUGGGGGCCAGAGGUUACCUAAAAGUCACCAUAAUUAUUGUGGGCACUGGAGAUGAACCACCGACUGAGAGAAGAGUGUUAAGUGAGGAGCUAGAUGACAUAGAGAGCAAUCUUUUGGUCCCUACUGGUAUCUCAAUGCGAUGGGCCACCCUGAGCCUCAAAGUUUAUCGAGCUGAAGAUAUGCCACAGAUGGAUGACGCCUUUGCUCAGAACGUAAAGCAAGUCUUUGGAGGGGAGGCAGAUAAGAAGAACUUGGUUGAUCCAUAUUUGGAAGUCAGCUUUGCGGGGAAGAAGUUGUGCACCAAAACAAUUCAGAAAAAUGCAAAUCCAGAGUGGAAUCAACUUAUCAACCUCCAGGUCAAAUUCCCAUCCAUGUGUGAACGCAUCAAGCUGACCAUGUAUGACUGGGAUCGUCUAACAAAGGACGACGCCAUAGGAACAACCUUUUUGAAUCUGAGCAAAAUGUCUUACUCUGGUGGGGAUAUUGAAAACACACGGACUGAAGCUUCCGAUGAAGUUUUUGAAAUGAACACUUCAGCAUCAGAGGAUGGGUUUCUCCCAGCUUUUGGACCGUGUUAUGUCAACCUGUACGGAAGCCCAAGAGAGUUUACUGGCCUGCCUGAUCCAUAUGAUGAACUCAACUUAGGGAAUGGAGAAGGGGUGGCGUACCGAGGGAGGGUUCUUAUUGAACUGGCCACUCACUUGGACGGAAAGGUUGAUAAAAGUGUUGAUGACAUCUACAGUGAUGAUAUUCUUGUAGCACAGAAAUACCAGCGGAGAAGGAAGUACUCUCUGUGCGCUGUGUUCCACAGUUCAUGCAUGCUCCAUGAGCCGGGUGAGCCGAUCCAGUUUGAGGUCAGCAUUGGUAAUUAUGGCAACAAGCUGGAUUCCACCUGCAAGCCCCUGGCAUCCACAACCCAGUACAGCUUUGCUGUAUUUGAUGGUAAUCACUAUUAUUACCUCCCCUGGGCUGACACUAAGCCUGUGGUGAUUCUAACGUCAUACUGGGAGGACAUAAGUCACCGCUUGGAAGCAGUGAAUUCUAUCCUCUAUAUUGCUGACCGAUUGGAGUCCCACCUCACGUCUUUGAAAUCAGCCAUCUUGGCUAAGAUGUCUGAGACACGUCUGGCAGAGAUUUGGUCCAAACUCAUCAGCCACAUGAUUGAAGAUUUGAACAAUUUGCAGCUUCCAGCCCUGGAAGGCCAGUCCAACACUACUGCGCUGGAUCUCCAAAUAAAAAAUAUGCGUGAAGCAGCUGUUGCCAGCAUCAUGCAGAUGGCCAGUGACAUGAAAAGAGAAGCCACAGAUGUCAGGUCCACCGUUGGUGACAUUGAAGACUGGUUGGAGAGAAUUAAGCAACUGGCAGAGGAGCCUCAGAAUAGCAUGCCAGAUGUGAUCAUAUGGAUGCUGAGGGGAGAGAAGAGAGUGGCUUAUGCUCGAAUCCCAGCCAACCAAAUCCUCUACUCUAACUUUAGUGAAGAGGCCCGUGGAAAACACUGUGGAAAGACUCAGACCAUCUUCAUGCAGUAUCCCAUGGAUAAGAACAAAGGCGUGAAGAUCCCCGUUCAGCUGCGCGUCAACAUGUGGCUCGGACUCUCUGCUCAGGAAAAAAAAAUUAACAGCUUUUCAGAGGGAAACUUCAGUGUCUAUGCUGAUCUGUACGAGAACCAGGCUCAGGUGUUUGGGAAGUGGGGAACCACCGGCCUGGUCGGUCGCUACAAGUUCUCAGAUGUGACUGGAAAAGUGAAACUAAAAAAAGAGCGCUUUUUGCCUCCACGGGGAUGGGAAUGGGAGGGAGACUGGUUUGUUGACCCUGCCCGAUGUCUGUUAACAGAGGCAGAUGCUGGCCACACAGAGUUCACAGAUGAAGUUUUUCAGAACGAAACACGUUUUCCUGGCGGGGAAUGGAAGAUGGCUGCAGAACCAUAUACAAACGUGAAUGGAGAAAAGGCCUUGAGUCCAGGAGAGUUUGAAUGCCCACCUGGAUGGACUUGGGAGGAUGAAUGGAGUUUUGACAGCAACAGAGCUGUAGAUGAGAGAGGUUGGGAAUAUGGAGUGACGAUUCCGCCUGAUGACAAACCCAAAUCGUGGGUUGCAGCCGAAAAGAUGUACCACGUCCACCGCAGGAAGAGACUGGUCAGACCCAGGAGGAGAGCAUCUGCCAAAAUGACAAUAUCUGAGAGACAAGAGCCAGGGGAAGGCUGGGAAUACUCUUCCCUGAUUGGAUGGAAGUUUCACAGAAAAGAGCGCUCCUCUGACACAUUUCGCCGCCGCCGUUGGAGAAGAAAGAUGAUCCCAUCAGACAGCAUCGGGGCCUCGGCCAUCUUUAAACUGGAGGGAGCAUUAGGGGUUGAUGUUGAUGAGAAAGCCAGCAAAACGGAAGCCGCCAAACCUUUUGGUGCCAACACACCCACUGUUUCCUGCCACUUUAACCGUUCUUACAUUUAUCAUUUGAGGGUGUAUGUCUAUCAAGCAAGAAAUCUCUGUGCCAUGGAUAAAGACAGCUUCUCAGAUCCCUAUGCGCACGUGUCAUUCUUACACAUGAGUAAGACCACGGAAGUCAUAAAAAGCACACUGAACCCCACAUGGGACCAGACUCUCAUCUUUGAGGACAUUGAAAUCUAUGGAGACCCACAGACCAUUUUUCACAACCCCCCCGAUGUUGUGUUGGAGCUGUAUGACAGUGACCAAGUGGGCAAAGAUGAGCCCAUGGGUCGUUGCACGUGCCCUCCUGUGGUAAAGCUGAACCCCAGUGUGGCUGUCACUCCGAGGCUGCUUUGGUUUCCUGUCACCAAAAAGGGUCGCACAGCUGGAGAUGUGCUGCUUGCUGCUGAGCUUCUACUGAAAGACAAGGCAAAUGACGGCGACCUGCCACUGGUGCCUCCUCGACGUGGAGAAAAGCUCUACAUGGUCCCACAGGGAAUCAGGCCAGUAGUGCAGCUAACUGCCAUUGAGAUCUUGACUUGGGGCCUGAGGAAUAUGAAGACUUUUCAGCUGGCCACUGUUUCUUCCCCCAGUUUAAUAGUGGAAUGUGGUGGUGAGAUUGUGCAAACAGCUGUGAUCAAGAACUUCAAAAAGAAUCCAAACUUCCCUGCAUCUGUGCUGCUUUUGAAAGUGCUUCUUCCCAAAGACGAGAUGUACACCCCUCCCAUUGUGCUGAAGAUAAUUGACCACCGACCCUUUGGCAGGAAACCUGUGGUGGGGCAGUGCACUAUUGACUGCCUGGAGGACUUUCGCUGUGACCCGUAUUGUCGAAACAGGGAUGUCUGCAUGUCUGCCAGAGUGGCAAUGAUAAAUGCUUCCCAAGGAGAUGUUGUCAUCAACAUUGAGGAGAGAACAGUUGUGAAAACUGAGCCUAAAGAAAAAAAGGAGGAAGAGACAGUGGACUGGUGGAGUAAGCUCUACGCCUCUGUUGGCGACCACGCAAAAUGUGCGCCUUACAUGAAAAAGGGAUAUGACACAUUGCAGGUCUACAACUGUGAACUAGAGGAGGUCAAAGAGUUCCAGGGCCUGACGGAUUUCUGCAACACUUUUAAGCUACAGCGAGGGAAAACUGAAGAUGAGGAGGAUGAUCCCACAGUUGUGGGAGAAUUCAAGGGCUCAUUCAGGAUUUAUCCGCUGCCUGAUGACCCAGGGGUGCAAGCCCCACCUCGCCAGUUCAGAAAGCUUCCAGAGAGUGGACCGCAGGAGUGUCUGGUCCGAAUAUAUGUGGUGCGCUGCAUUGACCUGCAGCCUAAGGACACAAAUGGCAUGUGUGAUCCAUACAUUAAGAUCACGCUUGGAAGGAAAACAGUGGAUGACAGAGAUAACUACAAACCAAAUACCCUCAAUCCAGAGUUUGGAAGGAUGUUCGAGCUAUCCUGCUUCUUGCCUCAAGACAAGGAUCUGAAGAUUUCCGUGUAUGACUACGACUUGCUGAGCAGAGAUGAAAAAGUGGGGGAAACAGUCAUCGAUUUAGAGAAUAGACUCCUCUCUCGUUUCAGGUCCUCCUGUGGCCUCCCGCAAACGUACUGUGUGUCAGGGAUCAAUCAGUGGAGAGAUCAGCUGAAACCUUCUCAGAUCCUCCAGAAUUUGGCAAAAGUGAGGGGAGACCUUCCUCCACACAUAGAGACAGAUGGAAGCUCACUGUCUCUGUCAGGAAAACAAUACUACCUGCAAGAUUUUGAGACAAACACUGUCAUCAACCCACAUUUAGGCCCAGCCAGAGAGAGGCUUGCCCUGCAUGUUCUCAGAAACCAGGGCCUGGUACCAGAACAUGUGGAGACCAGAACUCUGUGUAGCUCUCACCAACCUAAUCUGUCCCAGGGAAGAGUUCAAAUGUGGGUUGACAUUUUCCCCAAAAGCCAGGGCUUGCCUGGGCCUCCUUGUGACAUCACUCCACGGAAAGCCAAGAAGUACUUCUUGCGAGCUAUCAUUUGGAACACAACUGAUGUAAUUCUGGAUGAAACAAGCAUCACUGGAGAAAACAUGAGUGACAUCUAUGUUAAAGGAUCCCUGGAUGGAGAUGGGAAUUUUAACUGGAGGUUCAUUUUUGGGUUUGAAUACCUGCCAGCAGAGCAGCUUUGUGUCGUCUCCAGGAAAGAGCAUUUUUGGAAUCUGGACAAAACUGAGUUUAGGAUUCCUCCAAAAUUGACCAUCCAGAUAUGGGACAAUGACAAAUUCUCACUGGAUGACUAUUUAGGAUCAGUUGAGCUGGACCUAUUCAAUCUAGUCCCCCCCGCCAAAACUCCAGAAAAGUGCGACCUGAAGAUGCUUCCAGGGAUGAUGGGGUCCUCCUCCUCUAAGAAAUCCAUGCCCAAUUCACUCUUCUCCCAGAAGUCUGUCCGGGGAUGGUGGCCUUGUGUAAUUGAGAAGGAUGGAAAACCUGAGCUUGGAGGCAAAGUAGAAAUGACACUGGAGAUAUUAGAAGAGAAGGAGAUGGAGGAAAGACCAGCUGGGAAAGGCAGAGACGAGCCAAACAUGAAUCCAAGACUGGACCCACCUAACCGCCCCGACACAUCGUUCUUUUGGUUUACAAAUCCCUGCAAGACCAUGAAGUUCAUAGUUUGGCGCAGGUUCAAGUGGAUAUUCAUUGCAGCGAUUCUCCUCCUGCUCGUUAUCCUGUUCCUUGGGAUCUUGUUCUACUCCUUACCUAAUUACAUCUCAAUGAAGAUUGUGAAGCCAUUCUCAUGAGCAGUGUUAAGAGAGAAGCUGCCUAUCUUCCUGCAGAGGGAUCUCCAGUCCUCCCAACAAUCAUUCUUCCACUGAUACGCCAUCGAUUUUUAAAUCAGGCACACAUUAUUCUUUUUUUUAACUGUUUGUUUUAUUUCAUAUUCCAUGUCAUUUAUUCAAAUGAAAACAUCUGUCAUAUCGAAAUCAUGAGAAAAAAAAUCAAGAAUAAUUGCACUGAUUAUUUGUAUAUGUAUACUGUUUAUAUAUUUAGAUUUAGAUACUGAGUCUGUGACAUUGAUUGGGUUUCAGAUGAGAAAAAAAAGCACUUCAGACAAGCAGGUGGCUGUAAUGAUCCCAUUUCAAGCGCUAUGGUCAUAGACAUUUAUAGAUAGACGCCUCAUUGACGGUGUUGGGCUGCUGCUGUGACAUAUCAAUGUUUCUGCCACAUUUGUGGAAGCAGUAAUGCAUACAUACUUGAUAAUGCUCAUAAUAACAAAGACCUGACCCCUCUCGAAGUAAAGUCUGGAAAGAAAUUAAGAAUGGGUUGUCAUAAAAAUUGAAGACAUCCCAGAGUUUACCAUGACCCACACACUGUACUAAUUUGAUGAUCUUGAUUGCCAAAUAUCUGAUGUGGUAGAUAUUAUAUUCUUGCUUGCAAAGUUUCAUAUACUUUACUGUAAGUGGAAAGAUUCAGCGUUUUAAUCUGUUGCUUUGAUAAAAAAAAAAUCAAUUUGAACUUUAUUACUCUAAACAAAACCACCAGCAUAUCUACUUUUCUUCUGUUUAAAACAGUCCAUUUCGUUUUUUUAAUCUGCGUUACUGUUUCUGCCCCUGUUCACUGUUCCUGUACAGUGAUUGCAUAUUGUUUGUUAAACAAUAAAAAUAGAAUAAAGGGACUUUAAUGCA